AUGUCUCCUUCGGCGACAGCGACAACAAAGACGCAGGCGGGCGACAGCUCCCCAUCCCACACAACGCAGCGGACAAGACCUCGACAAAAGCCCGGUGCAGCAUGCGAGGAAUGUCGGCGUAGAAAACUUAGAUGUGACCGGCGACAGCCCCAGUGCGGCUCGUGUCAGUCGACCGGCGUGCCGUGCCAUACCACGACUGUUCGGGCGGCCCGCGGGCCAAAGCCGGGUUACCUUAAGGACCUCAAAGCUCGAAUAGCGGCUUUAGAGGGCACUCUCAUACAACAAGCGCAGCAGUCGGCCCGCAACACAUCGCCGGAUGAAGACCCGUCAUCAUGCUACGACCCAUACCUGUUCCACGGCGCGGACUCGCUCAAGAUUCCUCAUCCGGGGAGCGAGUCCGACAAUGUUUUUCUACAGGACAUGGCAUCGGCCAACCAGACCUCAAACGGAAUGGACCCGUCACUCGGCUUUCCCUGCCUCGGUGGUACCACGAUGUCCCCGACGCCGCCGAUGGACACGAGCUUGAUGUCUCCGCCGCUCACUGCUUUUGGCGGCAUUGGCCUUGACACGAUGCUCCCGAAUGGAAUGCACCCGUCAGGAGAACAGAUCUCAUCACUGAAUCUCAAUAACGUGAGAAGGAUGUCAACGGCGUCAAGUACCUGGAGCUCCCCCGAGGGGCCGGCGGAAUUCAGACUCUCACCCUUGAUGCAGCAGGACCUCGACCAGAUUUACUGGGAUCGGACCCACGCCUUUAUGCCCUUCAUCCAUCAGCGGCGGUACGCGGCGUGGAGCCGGAAGCCGGACAAAAGCGAGGCCCAGAAGUGUCUCCAGCUCGCCAUGUGGACCCUGGCAGCCUCAACAUCACCAGGCCAGUAUCAGACCAUGGCAAACGACCUUUACAGAUAUGCGUCUCAAUCACUCAUGAACCUCGAGCCCUGGGACUCCGGGGACGAGUGGAGCCAGAUGCGCCCCGACGACUUUGCGCAGGCGCAGGCCCAGCUCCUGCUGGCCUGUUACGAGUUCAAGGCCGUCGACUUUAGGCGCGGGUGGAUGAGGGCGGGGCGUGCUUUUAGACUUAUACAGCUCAACUGGUUUUACGAUAUGCUUUCCACGUCGUCGACGAUGUCCGAUUGGGUCGGGGCCGAAGAGAGGAGACGAACAUUUUGGGUAGCAUUCUGCCUCGAUCGGACCAUCAGCCUACGAAAUGACGCCCCAUGCACAUUUAACGAGCCGAUCUACGUGCCAUUACCCGCGCCCGAUACAGAGUUUCAAAAUGAGAUUCCCACGGUCACCGGCUACCUCAACAGCGACUCCCUGACAGUCGGCGCACCGGACUCAUUAUUCGUCGACUUCAUUCAUUUAGCCGCCAUCUGCGGCAGGGCAGUGUCGCACCGGCACCAGUCCAUCAUCGACAAGGCGCUCGGCGUCCACAACACGGCCGGCAUCUGGCAGCGCCACCGCGAGAUCAACGCCCAGCUUGCAGAAAACCUCAACUUGGCCAAUUCGAGGCAGCACUUGCAUCAUGAUUCGGAAUCACUCGGCCCGUCCAUGGGUAUAAUGUGGCGGACAGUUAUCCUCCACCUGCACUCAACCCUGAGCUGCACGGCGUCGACCGGCAAGGAGGAGUACGACUACGCGAUAGUGGAGAGCAUGCAGCGCGGGACGUUGGCUGCGCAGGAGGCGCUGAGCUGCAUGGAGCGAUUGUCGCAAUGUAACAGUCUAAAGCUUCACCCUAUUACUAUCGUACCUCUGGCACUCUGCUCGGAGCUGAUGGAGGCGUGGCCAGACCUCGCGGGACCGUUUAACAAUCACUUGGCAGUAAUCAUGGAUGCUACGCAUCGGGCUGGCGGUGGGGACACUCCUUCAUAG